AUGUUGUCCAAGACACUCAUUCAACUAAACAAUUGCCUUCAAUUGACUGACAAAUCGUGGACUUCUUGUCAUGACGUGAACACAAUCAGCUCCAUAGACAUCGCUCCGUGCGCUGCCGAGCCCUGCGCUUUCAAACGGGGCACUACUGUCGCCGUCACCGGACUAUUCACACCGUCGAGCGCCGCGCAGUCGUGUCGUAUGGAAAUGAAGGCAGAGUUGGGC